AUGCGAGCCGCCAGCCCCAGACUCUGUACCCGCCUGCCCCAGACUCUACACCCCAUCCGCCUGCCCCAGUCUCUAUACCCCAGCCUGCCCCAGACUCUGAACCCCUCUGCCCUAGACUCUACCCCGAGCCGCCUGCCCCAGACUCUACACCCCAGCCGGCUGCCCCAGACUCUAAACCCCAACCGCCUGCCACAGUCUCUUCAACAGAGACGCCUGCCUCAGAUUUCUACACAUGAGCUGCCUGCCCCAGACUCUUCACCGGAGCCGCCUGCCCGAGACUCUUCACCGGAUCCGCAUGCCCAAGACUCUUCAUCGGAGCCGCCUGCCCCAGACUCUUCACCGGAGCCGCCUGCCCCAGAUUCUACACCCCAUCCGCCUGCCCUAGUAUUUACACCCCAGCCCGCCCAAGACUCUACACCCCAACCUGCCCUAGACUCUCAGCCCAAACCUCCUGCCCCAGACUCUCAGCCCAAACUGCCUGCCCCAGGCUCUGAGCCUGAGCGGCCUGCCCCAGACUCUGAUCCCAAGCCGCCUGCCCCAGAGUCUAUGUCUGAACUGCCUGCCCCAGACCCUUUAUGCAAGCCGCCUGCCCAAGACUCUUCACCCCAUCCGCCUGUCCCUGUAUUUACACCCCAGCCACCUGCCCCAGUCUCCGAGCAAGAACCGCCUGUCCCAGACUCCGAGCCCGAGCCGUCUGCCCAAUAUUCUACACCCCAACCGCCUGCCCCAGACUCUACACCAAUACCGCCUUCCACUGACUCUACACCCCAGCUGCCUAUCCCAGGCUCUACAUCGGAGCCUCCUGCCCCAGACUCUUCACCGGAGACGACUGCACAAGACUCUUCUCCGGAGCAGCAUGCCCCAGACUCUUCACCGGAGCCGCAUGCCCCAGAUCCUACACCCAGCCGCCUGCCCCAGACUCUACACCUGAGCGGCCUUCCCCAGACUCUACACCCAAGCCGCUUUCCCCAGACUCUUCACUGGUACCGCCUGCCCCAGACUCUACACCACAUCCGCUUGCCCCAGACUCUUCACCGGAGCCGCCUUCCCCAGACUCUACCCCAAUACCACCUUCCCCUGACUCUACACCCCAGCCGCCUUCCCCAGACUUUUCACCGGAGCUGCCUGCCCAAGACUUUACACCCCAGCUGCCUUCCCCAGACUCUACACCGGAGCCACCUUCCCCAGACUCUACACCGGAGCUUCCUGCCCCAGAAUCGUCACCGGAGCCGCCUGCCCAAGACUUUUUACCGGAGCCGCAUGUCCCAGAUUCUACAAAAGAGCUUCCUGCCCCAGACUCUACACCCCAGUCCCCUGCCCCAGACUCUACACCCCAGCCACUUCCCCCAGACUUUACACCCCAGCCGCUUUCCACAGACUCUUCACCCCAGCCACCUUCCCCAGACUUUUCACCGGAGCCGCCUGCCCAAGACUCUACACCGGAGCCACCUUCCCCAGACUCUACACCGGAGCUUCCUGCCCCAAACUCGUCACCGGAGCCGCCUGCCCCAUAUUCUACACCAGAGCCGUCUGCCCCUGAAUCAUCACCAGAGCCGCUUUCCACUGACUCUUCACCGGAGCCGCCCUCCCCAGACUCAAUACCCAUACCGCCUUCCCCUGACUCUACACCCCAGCCGCCUUCCCAAGACUUUUCCCCGGAGCCGCCUGCCCCAGACUCUACAACCCAGCUGCUUUCCCCAGACUCUACACCGGAACCGCCUUCCCCAGACUCUACACCGGAGCUUCCUGCCCCAGACUCUUCACCGGAGCCGCCUGCCCAAGACACUUCAUCUGAGCCGCCUGCCCCAGACUCUUUACUGA